CGGGGGCUGGCGGCUGAGCGGGGCAGCGGCGGCGGCAGCGGAGCGGAGCGGGCAUGGAGUGCGGGCGGCAGGUGGCGAACUUCGGGGCCGGGCCGGCGAAGCUGCCGCGCUCCGUAUUAUUAGAAGCACAGAAGGAAUUGGUGGACUACAAAGGGCUUGGUAUAAGUGUUCUCGAAAUGAGCCAUCGAACUUCAGAUUUCAUGAAAAUUCUAAAUACAGCUGAAAGUCUUAUGCGAGAAUUGCUAAAUAUACCAGAAAACUACAAAGUGAUUUUCCUCCAAGGAGGUGGAUCUGGUCAGUUUAGUGCAGUCCCACUUAAUCUUAUUGGUUUGAAGGAGGGAAGGCAUGCGGAUUAUGUGGUUACCGGAGCUUGGUCGGCAAAAGCAGCUAAAGAGGCAGAGAAGUAUGCCAAAGUGAAUAUUGUUCAUCCAAAACUAGGAACCUAUACAAACAUUCCUGACCCAAGCACUUGGAAUCUUAAUCCUGAUGCAUCUUAUGUCUAUUACUGUGCUAAUGAGACUGUUCAUGGUGUGGAGUUUGACUUUGUACCUGAUGUCAAAGGAGCAGUCUUGGUUUGUGAUAUGUCAUCAAAUUUCCUCUCCAGACCUGUGGAUGUUUCCAAGUUUGGCGUCAUUUUUGCUGGUGCUCAGAAGAAUGUUGGUUGUGCUGGAGUUACUGUUGUAAUAGUACGUGAGGACUUGCUGGGAUUUGCUCUGAAAGAAUGCCCUGUAGUACUGGAUUACAAAACGCAAGCGACGAAUGGCUCUUUGUAUAACACUCCACCAUGCUACAGUAUUUAUAUCAUGGGAUUGGUACUGGAAUGGAUAAAGAAUAAUGGCGGGGCUGCAGCUAUGGAUAAACUUAGUUUAAUCAAGUCACGAAUGAUUUAUGAUAUUAUAGACAAAUCUAAUGGAUUCUAUGUAUGUCCAGUUGAGAAAAAGAACCGAAGCAGAAUGAAUGUCCCUUUCCGUAUUGGCAGUAUCAAGGGUGAUGAAGCACUGGAAAAGAAAUUUCUUGAGAAAGCUGUGGAACUUAACAUGAUAUCUCUGAAAGGGCAUCGAUCUGUGGGAGGAAUCCGUGCCUCUUUAUAUAAUGCAGUGACGGUAGAAGAUGUUCAGAAGCUUGCAACAUUCAUGAGAAGCUUCAUGCAGAUGCAUCAGUCAUAAAUGCUCAUGGGUUAAAGCCAUGCUGCACAUCUGUGGAAUAAAAGCUAAAGGGUUUGAAAGUUACUGUGGUACUGAACAGCUGUAGCACACAAGUUAUUUUCUUUUAGUUUCUCUAGCUGUCUUAGUUAACUGCGUGGAAUUGAGGCCCAAUCUUACAAUGACUUGGCAGCCUUGGCUUCACUGAAGGUCAGGAUCCCCAGGCUGAUAAAGAUUUGUUCUGAGACUUGCAAAACAGUAUUUUCAAAGUGUGGUUAAAACAUGAGUAGCACUGUAAGAUGCUAUGGAUCUGAGCCUGUUUCUUGCUUCUAGUCACAGAUGACUUCAUCACCAAUGAAUUGUUUUUAGUAAACUUCAGGAGGCAAAAUUUGUCAUAAGCUUUCUGUAAUACUUUACAAAUCUGUGACUGCACACUGAAGCUAGAACUGAUAGUAGGUGUUCUUGGAGGAUAUCUAGUUGGUUUAUUUGAUAUAUUGCAACAGUAUACCCCACCAGUAGUAUUUAAGAGUUAAUAUCUGUGUUCCUAACCUGAGCACCUUGUCUUUCAGACUUCUGCUCCCAUGCUUGAAGUACUAUCGUAAGUUCCAUAUAGCAGUACCCAUUGUCAUUCAAGUCUGUGGGACUGGGCCUUUUUUUCAUGUAACCAUUUAUUGGUUCAAAGCUAAGAUGAAUGAGUCUGUAAUUGCAUCAAUUUAGAUGUUGUUUAUUUCUCUAUGCUUUUUGUAUAUUAAAAUUCUUCAGGUUGUUAAUUUUAUAUUCUUAUUCUGGAGUGUGCGUAUAUGCUUCUGCUAAAAUCUUCUUUAUAAUUUCUUAAUCUUGUGCCAAACUGGAUGGCUGUAUGCCACUGAAUGGAUCUGUGACUUUCUGUGCUCUGACUUCCUAGACCAAAGUGCAGCAGACUUUUUUUUUUUUCUUUUUGUCUGGUGUUUCUUAAAUGUUUUCCCUCUAACUAUGCCAGUGUGUUCUCUACCCUUUCAUUGCUUUAGUUCUGUAGCCUUUUGUAUGUGGGGCUUUGCCUGGCUGCAGUGAAUACAAGCCUUGACUUCCUUGCUUUCUCCUGAUGCGACAUCACACUUUUGGUACAACUUUCUCAAUUGAUCCUUCUGCCUUAUUCCAGCCUUUGAUGCUCUGGGCUAGAGAAGGAACUGUGGUUAUGCAAAUACCUUCAGAAGAUUUAUUAUAGUACCCUUAGUUAUUUUUCUUCCUUAGCUUGGGAAUGUACUAUCAAUGACCGUAUAUUGACACUAGCCUCUGGUUUUAACUUACCUAGAAGCUAUAUGCUAGUAUCAUAGUGUUUAGCAUUACUGCAGAUGGUUUCAGGCUGUAAGCUCUGGUACGGGACUGUUUUUUUUUUUAUUAUUAUUAUGUAACUCCAGUACAGUGGUAACAGAUUAAUAAUGGUAAUGAUGGACUGUCUGUUUCUUGGUGGAACCUCACAGCAAGUCAGUGCAGUUGUGAUAGGGUUGAGUUACAUUCCUAUUUGAAAAGUUGUCACUCUGACUACUGUUUUGAAAUUUUUGUCAGCUCAGUGUAACUCUCAUUAAAGAAGUUGGUGAAGAAAAAACUUUA